GGGAGCAGGGUAUAUGUAUACAUUAAACAAAUAGUCACCUUCUUCUCAUUCUCAACCCUCUUUUCUUUGCUCCCUCUCUCUCGGUUGUAGCCGAGACCUCACACCAACGACAAAUGGAAGAGACCAAUUCCAGAUUCAAGAGGAUUUGCGUCUUCUGUGGGAGCAGUUCAGGGAAGAAACCUACCUAUCAGGAAGCUGCUGUUCAACUUGGCAGGGAACUGGUGGAAAGAAGGAUUGAUUUGGUCUAUGGAGGUGGUAGCGUGGGGCUGAUGGGUCUCGUUUCUCAGGCAGUUCAUGAUGGUGGGCGCCAUGUUCUAGGGGUUAUCCCAACAAGUCUUAUGCCAAGAGAGAUAACAGGUGAUCCUAUUGGGGAAGUGAGAGCCGUAUCUAGUAUGCACCAAAGGAAAGCCGAGAUGGCCCGUCAAGCCGAUGCUUUUAUUGCCCUCCCUGGAGGAUAUGGAACCCUUGAAGAAUUGCUGGAAGUCAUUACAUGGGCGCAGCUUGGGAUCCACAGCAAACCCGUGGGCCUGUUGAAUGUGGAUGGAUUUUACAAUUCCUUGUUGUCGUUCAUUGACAAAGCCGUUGAUGAAGGCUUUAUAUCCCCUAAGGCACGUCGCAUUAUCGUGUCAGCACCCACAGCCAAACAAUUGAUGCUAGAGCUAGAGGAACAUGUUCCCGAGCAAGAUGAGUUUGCGUCCAAGUUGGUGUGGGAAGAAAGACUGAAUUACGUGACUGAAUCAGAAGUUGCCAUGUGACCAAUCCUCUUUGUGGACGAUUCAAUGAUCCACGGUUUUUUAGGUUUUUACAUUUAUAGCAUAUUCUGGGUACAUAGGAUUAGGACUCAUCCAUCAUAUACGGGCAUAGGAACCGUGCAGUAGAAGUCAAUACUUUUUUUUUUGCCAACCUUUUUGGUAAAGCCCCUAGUAUACGGAAACGAGCGUUGUUCAAAAUUUGGAAAAUCCUAAUUAAAAUUUAUGUUUCCAUUGCCUCGGCAAAUGGCAAUGAAGAUCCGAAUCAUUCACGGCAACAUUUGUCCUUCAGGAAUUUUUUUUUCCUGUUAGUUCAGUGUUGUCUCUUUGAACCAACCGUUACUUUUAGAUAAAUUCUUUAAUAACAACUUGGUCAAAAUUGCCAGUUGAAAAACACUAGAGAAUAUGUACUCUUUAAUCAAUAUGUAACCAUCUAACUCCUUCAAGGGACAAAAGGA